GCAAGUAAGAAGCAACCAACCGGGCUGGGACAGAAAAAAAAGCGACAAAAACUAGUAAAACGGCUCGUUUUGUUUUGACAACGCUCAAGGACGAUAAUAUAAAGGCGUUGGAGAAAUAUUAACCUGAGACGUUUUUGGUUGGUUGAAGAUGGGAAUUUCGGCUAAGCGAGCAAACGAGCUAGUAGCUAAGUUAGCAUGGCAACCAGCUAGCUAAACUUUUAGCUACUUCGCGAGCGCAGGCGCGAGUCAUUCUUGUCACGGAGGAAGAAAUAAAAAUGCUUUUGCUCUAAUAGUUAGCUGAGGAGAAUUUCUGGACGCUCCUGGACAAGUGAAUUAGCUCUGGUGCGUCUGUCAGGGCGAGCGGCUGAGGAGCGAGUCCGCGGUUGAGUCGCGGGGAGACGGAAGAGCCCCUGAAGCCCGGGGCGGCCCCUCUGCCCCCGCCGCGAGUAACGCCAUUUCUCACCUCAGAAUCUCCAGCACGCUUGGGCUGUUACCUGGGAUUUUCCUCGGAUCUUUCUCUCUCUUUCUGAAAGCCGGACUACUUUUUCUUCUUGUGAGCCGGGGAAGGAACCGGACAGAGAGCCUCAUGAAUGGAAAUCGGAACUCCAGCUGUCGUUGGGGCUCAGUCCCUGUUCUCCAUGCCCCGGAGGCCUGGCUAUGGCACUAUGGGGAAGCCCAUCAAGCUGUUGGCCAACUGCUUCCAGGUGGAGAUCCCCAAGAUGGACGUCUACCUCUACGAGGUGGACAUUAAACCUGAGAAGUGCCCACGCAGAGUCAACAGAGAGGUGGUGGACUCUAUGGUGCAGCACUUUAAGGUGACCAUUUUCGGGGAUCGUCGGCCAGUUUACGAUGGAAAAAGAAGCCUCUACACAGCAAACCCACUUCCUGUUGCCCAAGCAGGGGUGGACCUGGACGUCACCCUGCCGGGAGAAGGGGGAAAAGACCGGCCCUUUAAAGUCACCAUCAAGUUCGUGUCUCUGGUCAGCUGGCACCUGCUGCAUGAGGUGCUGACCGGACGCAGCAUGCCUGAACCCCUGGAGCUGGACAAACCCAUCAGCACCAACCCAGUGCACGCCGUGGACGUCGUGCUCAGACAUCUGCCUUCGAUGAAAUACACUCCGGUGGGCCGCUCGUUCUUCUCCGCUCCUGAGGGCUAUGACCAUCCUCUGGGAGGAGGAAGAGAGGUCUGGUUCGGUUUUCAUCAGUCCGUUCGACCCGCCAUGUGGAAGAUGAUGCUUAACAUAGAUGUGUCAGCCACGGCCUUUUACAAAGCACAGCCAGUCAUCCAGUUCAUGUGUGAGGUCCUGGACAUCCACAACAUCGACGAGCAGCCCCGCCCCCUCACCGAUUCUCACAGAGUCAAGUUCACCAAAGAAAUCAAAGGUCUUAAGGUGGAGGUGACGCACUGUGGAACCAUGCGGAGGAAGUACAGAGUGUGUAACGUGACCCGUCGACCUGCCAGCCAUCAGACGUUUCCUUUGCAGUUGGAAAACGGACAAACGGUGGAACGGACCGUUGCUCAGUAUUUUAGAGAAAAGUACAACCUGCAACUGAAGUACCCUCACCUGCCAUGCCUGCAGGUCGGCCAGGAGCAGAAACACACCUACCUGCCCCUGGAGGUAUGUAACAUCGUAGCAGGACAGCGAUGCAUCAAGAAACUGACCGAUAAUCAGACGUCCACUAUGAUCAAGGCCACAGCACGCUCAGCACCGGACCGACAGGAGGAGAUCAGCAGGCUGGUACGCAGUGCCAAUUACGAGGCCGACCCGUUCGUGCAGGAGUUCCAGUUCAAGGUCCGGGACGAGAUGGCCCACGUGACGGGCCGCGUGUUGCCCGCGCCCAUGCUGCAGUACGGGGGCAGGGUGAGCUCAGAGAACUUUCUGAACCGGACCGUGGCCACACCCAGUCACGGCGUUUGGGACAUGAGAGGAAAGCAGUUUCACACAGGUGUAGAGAUCAAGAUGUGGGCCAUCGCGUGCUUCGCCACACAGCGGCAGUGUCGAGAGGAGAUCCUCAAGGGGUUCACCGAUCAGCUGCGUAAGAUCUCCAAGGACGCCGGGAUGCCCAUCCAGGGCCAGCCGUGUUUCUGUAAGUACGCCCAGGGAGCCGACAGCGUGGAGCCCAUGUUCAGGCACCUGAAGAACACCUACUCCGGCCUGCAGCUCAUCAUCGUCAUCCUGCCCGGGAAAACCCCAGUCUACGCGGAGGUGAAGCGUGUAGGAGACACUCUCCUUGGAAUGGCCACUCAGUGCGUGCAGGUGAAGAACGUGGUGAAGACGUCACCGCAGACGCUUUCCAACCUCUGCCUCAAGAUCAACGUCAAACUCGGCGGCAUCAACAACAUCCUGGUACCACACCAACGGCCAUCAGUGUUCCAGCAGCCUGUGAUCUUCUUGGGCGCAGAUGUCACACACCCUCCUGCUGGAGACGGGAAAAAGCCGUCCAUUGCUGCGGUUGUAGGCAGUAUGGACGCCCACCCCAGUCGGUACUGUGCAACCGUGCGCGUCCAGAGGCCGCGGCAGGAAGUGAUCCAGGACUUGGCGUCCAUGGUACGCGAGCUGCUCAUCCAGUUCUACAAGUCGACCCGAUACAAACCAACCCGGAUCAUCUUCUACAGGGACGGCGUGUCCGAGGGCCAGUUCAGACAGGUGCUGUAUUAUGAACUGCUGGCUAUCAGGGAGGCCUGCAUCAGCCUAGAGAAAGAGUACCAGCCCGGCAUCACCUACAUCGUGGUGCAGAAACGGCACCACACCCGCCUGUUCUGCGCCGACCGCAACGAGAGGGUGGGCCGCAGCGGAAACAUUCCUGCCGGUACGACCGUCGACACGGACAUCACACACCCUUACGAGUUCGACUUUUACCUCUGCAGCCAUGCCGGAAUACAGGGCACAAGUCGCCCCUCUCACUAUCACGUGCUGUGGGACGACAACUGCUUCACAGCCGACGAGUUCCAGCUGCUUACCUACCAGCUCUGCCACACAUACGUGCGCUGCACACGCUCCGUCUCCAUCCCCGCACCUGCCUACUACGCCCACCUGGUGGCCUUCCGUGCCCGGUACCACCUGGUGGAUAAAGAGCACGACAGUGCUGAGGGAAGCCACGUCUCGGGUCAGAGUAACGGACGAGACCCCCAGGCCCUGGCCAAAGCUGUGCAGAUUCACCACGACACCCUGAGGACCAUGUACUUCGCCUGAGAGCCCCCAAUUCAUCCCACUCGCCUGCCCACAAACACACAUGCGCGCACACACACACUCACACACACCUCCUCCUAAAUGCGGACCGGACACUGUGCGGCAGGAAGCGUGGUUGGGAGGGGGGGGGUGGUUGUUUUUUUGGGGCAGGGUCUCGCCAAACCCAAAUCCGGCCUGUGAGCGACACCUGCUUUAAUCCCACACCCAAAACUCAGCACUGUUAUGCAAUAUUAAACCAGCCAACCAUGUUUUACUUAUUUAUUUCGGAGGAAGGUGACACUCGCACCAAACAAAAGGGAGUCUCUCUCUCUCUCUCUUUCUCUCUCUUUCUAUUUCUCUUCCCUUUCUGUCUGCUUGAUUUGUUUACCUCAAGGUUGUAACCGCAGCACUUUGACCACCCGGAUUUUUUUUUUUUCUCCCUUUUUUUUCUUUUUCUUUUUGGCAUCCAUGAAAUCUUAAAGUAGUUAAAAAAUGGGCGUGGUUCACCCUUUGCUCGAUCAUCGAGUGUCAGUUGUUAUAAAUUACUCAUUAGGAACAUCAAAAAAAAAAAAUUUAUCCAUUAGGGCCAGAUGUUUCUACAAAUCGCCUUUAAAAAAAUUAUUCUUCUUUCUUUCUCUCUCUCUUCUUUAUCUCUUUCUUUAUUCGUUCAUUGCCCUUACACUUCAUGCCGUGUCAGUCCUCCAACGGCGGUCCGGAUCACUGAGCCUUUAUUUUACUACAAUGCAAAGUGAUCCUACCUGUUAAUGUUUUGUGUGUGUGUAUAGUACCGUAGUUUCCUUUCCAUUUGGUUUUGUUUUUAAUUGCUCCCAGUAUUUAUUUGCCUGUUUUUUUUUUUUUUUAAAGAUCUUUCUGCUUUUUUUUUCUCGUUUUAAAAAACAAGUAGAGGCCAUGUUGUUGUUAUAUAGGACAGAUUGUGAUAUUCCCAUUUUAGUGCAAUAAUCGAUCAGCGUCCUGUGUAGAGUACAGUUUUCUGGAUCAUGUGAGAAAAAAAUGAAUUAGGACGUGAGGAAAAUGAAGGCAGAACAGCGCUCUGUGUCUGGACGGUUGUAGAGUUCCGUGUGGAAAUGUGUAUGUUUUUCGUGCACUUUUUACACUUAUGAACAGAGGAAAAAAACAAAGAGUAGCUAAUAUAAUAAUAGAAGGAGGUUUAAAAUCAAGUGCCUGGUUUUAGAAAAAGGAGUAUUUUUAAGAAGGUUUUUUUUUUUCUUCGGUUAAAGAAUGAGAAAACGGUUAAUGCAGUGCAUUAAGAUGGCAUGCAGUUUCGGAGAAGUUGUGAUUUCCAAAUUUUUUAAAAGAAAGGCUUAGAGGUCACAACAGAAAGCCAUGAUCUGUUUAGUUCAGUUUCGUGCUGAUUCCUUUACACCGAUCAGUAUUCGCGUGGCCUUUAAGUCGUGUUCGGAUCCGUCGCCCGUGUAAACCUCCCAGCUUUUUAAUCCUGCGCUGCAGAAGCGUCUAAUCGUGUCGUCUGCCACUUCUGAUCAGGAUCUAGCUGCUAUUUGUACAGGUUCCUUCGACGAGAUUGACGGUUCAUGCGAGGACGAGAGAGACGAUGAUGCAGCAGCAUAGAUGGCCAGUAGAGGGCAGCAUAGAAUUUGACCUGCAAGCUCUCUUGCUCUUUCUGAAGCACGUCCUGUGUUUUUGUUUUUUUUUUUUU